AUAUGGUUUUUUUUUGCCAGAAAAAAGGGAAAACUUAUUCUCAUGGGUUGUAAGUGUUUGGAGAGGCUUUAGGCGAUUAUUGAACGUUAAGCUGAACCUGCCCUAUUAUUCGGAAACCAAAUAACUGAAGGGCUGUGAUUUUUUUAGACAUCCAAAUUCUCACAAAUGACCUUGUGCCGCUGCUGGGUUGGCAAUGGUGCACAAGCGCAGUUGACGAAAACUGAACAGUUGACAAUAGCACUGUAGCCUUAAAAUGAAAAAACACGAGGCCCAGAGUUAAAAUAUACAUGUAAUUGCUUAAAAUUACCCAAAUACGUUAUAGUGUUUAUAAAUGUAAUACUUUGAGGUACACUCACGACCCUACACGUUAAUGUUACGUGAAUAUCGGUGCUUAUCAGCUGUAUUGAGCGCAAUGAAACUGCCGCAAUAUUUGAAACAUCCAUAAUUUAAUUCAUUUCUGUACCGUACCACAAUUGUCUAAAAUAUGAAUGCACAAGGCAUCCAGGCAAAAUGUAUUUAAAGAUUUGCCAUUUGUUAAGGAAACAUCCCAGUAUAUAUGCCAACGUUGGGCCAACUUUCAACGUUUUCUGCGAUUUUCUCAGGUUGGGUUGAUUAUUUUUUUAAAAUAAAGGGCUUGUUUUUACACGUAAGAUUACAGGUGAUAAGGUUAAACAGUUUAAUUCAGACUGUGAAGCUAAUGGAGAGUAAUUUUAAGGACGGUGUUUCUCUUAGCUGAUUAUAUUAUUUAGUGAUAUACUGCUUGCAUGAUUGGCAGUAGUGUACAAAUAACACAAACUCAACACAUUCGUCAAUGGAACACUAUGCCCUUUCUUCCAUGUGCUAUGAAGGGCCAUUACCCGAAACGUCGCCUGUUAGUUUAUCUUUCAAGACCACAGUUUUGCAUUGACCAAUGUGUUACGUGUUUCACAAUGGACCUUCAUCCAUAAUGUGCCAUGAAGAUGGGCCAUUGCCCGAAACGUCGCCUAUUAAAUACACUUGUGUUCCCUUUUAAGGCCACGGUGGCUCUUGGCUGCUGUGCUUCCCUUCGCAAGAUGCCCGCCGUCACUUCGCUGUGGCCAGGACUGCCUCUGACGUCACGUGGACACGCCCACUCGCGUUUAGAAUUCGUAGCCCGCUUCAGCGCCGGCUCCGUUAUCCGACUCAUGCCGCCCGUUGCGCGUGCGAACUAUGAAAUUAAAUUCACCCAAUCUCGCAACCCCAUAAACACAAAACAGCCGUUCCGACCCGGACGGUGCGCCCCAUGAGGGCAUUCGCAGGGCAUAAAGGGCAUUCAUGGGGCACUGGAUGGACGGAAGGGCAAUCAGGUCGAGACUGAAGGACGGUGUGAGACACGCAUAACAGCCGCGCCGGGUAGAAGGGCAGUCAGGGGCCAAGGACGGUCUCCGGCACGGCAGACUAGACGGGCAUUCGGGGGCAAGGUUUUGACAGAAGGGCAUUUAGAGAGGCGGUUCUGUCAGGUUAGGGGGUGGCCCUCUGUCAGGAGGAGUCAUAAGUGCAUUCAUCGGUAGAUUUGGUCUCUCGCAGGGAGAGUGAGCAUUCGGGGGCAUGGCUGAGCAGAAUGGCAGUGAAGAGCAGCAUUUAUAGGGGCAGGCUCGGAGUUGCCCCCAUCAGGGAAGGUCGGAUAGGGCAAUCGGGGGCAGUUUCUGCCUUUAGCAGGGCACACCUGAACUGGCCGCCUCUUAAAGUAGAAAGCCAGAAGGGCAAUCGGAUGUAAGAUCGGCUUCCAGUACAGCGCACGCCAGAAGGGCAUGAACGAAGCAAGACUCGCCCUAUUAUCUAGUCAAGUAAUAAGGGCAUUCCCGUGCAGGUUCAGCCUGCGAGCAGGGCAAGUGGGAAGAGGAUUCUUGGUAGGGCUGGCUUCUGGCAGGACACGGUAGUGGAAAGGAAUUGGGGGUGCAGGGUUUGGCCACAGCCGGGCAUUGGAGACGCGAGGCCUCUGGCGGGGCAGCCCAAUGGAGGAGGACGCUAGGCCGGGUGUGGUGGCCCACGGGGCCGCGGGCGGCUGGGCCCGCUUGGCCCUGCUCUACGGGGCCGUGUCGGCCGUCUUCUGCGUGGCCGUGGGGCACCGCCUGCUGCGAGCCCGCCUGCGGCCCGGCGUCCGCGCCGCCUGCAGCCUCCUGCUGCUCUUCAUGGGCGAGCCGCUGUGCGCCGCGUUCGCGCCCGGGGUGCCGGGCCUCCUCGCCUUCGCGCUCGCCUGCCUCCUCUCCUACGCCACGCUGCCCUUCACGGCCUCGCUGCCCGCCGCCGGGAGGGCCGUGCUCAUCGUCGGCUGUGAGUCGCCCGCGAGUCACGUGCUGGCCAGGCGUCUCGCCGAGCUCGGCUGCCGCGUCUUCAUCGGGGUGAGGGCCUCUUCGCACGCGGAGGCCGGCCGUAUCGCCGGCGACUUGGCCGGCGACCCCUCGCGCGACCCGGCGAGCGGUCGGCCCGGCCCGGUCCACGUGCUGGGCCUGAAACCUGGCGACCCUCGGAGUGUCACCGCCGCGGAGAAGGAGGUCCGGUCGCUCGUGGGGGCCGACGGUCUGUGGGGGCUCGUGGUAGUGGCGGCCGCCGACGGCCGCGCCCCGUGCGGCGUGGGGAUGCUCUCGGAGGUGCCCGACGUCGGGGCCUACCGGCACGGCCUGGAGCGCGGCCUUCUGGCCCCCAUGGAGCUGGCAGGGGUCUUUCUGCCACUCGUGCGACGGGCCUGCGGGAGGGUGGUGUUUGUGGGGCCCGGAGCUGCGGUCGAGGCGCCAGCGGGCGGCCCGCAAGCGGUGGUAGCAGCGGCGCUGGCUGCGUUCUGCGUGGCGCUGCGGGGGCAGCUGGGCUCAGAGGGCACGCAUGUGUGCGGGGUCGAGGUGCCAGAUUCCUCCGGCAGCGAGUGGGACCCUCUCCGGCCAUGCGGCCGGGCAAGGACGCCUCAGGAGACCUCGGCAGGGGCAACCGAGGAGGCCACCGAAGAGGCCUCACCAACGGGUGUCGCCGAGACGGUGGCGGCCCUGCUGUCCAAGCGACCCGCCGAGAGGUACCCGCUGCGCGGUGGGGAAGGCCUCCUCGGCCACGCGUGGGCUCUCGCCCGUCGGGCGUCCGGCCCGGCGUGACGCGCUUCGGGUCCAUCGGAGGUUCACGAACUCUUAUUGUGCGUGCACUGCGCAGCCGCCACCUAUCCGUCGCUGAGCCUGCCCAGAAAGAAACGCUCACGCGUCGUCGAGCCGAGCGCAACGCUUCGUGGCGAUGGCGACCCUCUUCUCGUACCGGACGCCGCGGCUGCAAGACCGCACGCAAGCGAAGCGACGGUGUGUGCAAGACACGGCGUAUGGACGGCAAAGGGUGCCAUUGUGUCCAGUGGAUCAGUCCUCCCCGUGUGUCGUCGUCGUCGUCGUUGUUGUAUGAAACUCGUGGGUGUUUCCCCCCCCUCCUCCCCCACCCCCCCGGCCUGCACUAUCCUUCUGUCACGGUGCGAUUCGUGAAGUUGGCCUUAAGCGGGAAAUGCCGUCGACCGUUCACGUCGCUUCCUCCGCCGCGUUCGCCCCGGUGGCAUCGCAACUUCGUUUCCGAGGACGGCUCGGGUGAAAGCUUCCCUUCGGAACGGGUGGCGCGUGGACGCGGUGCAAGCGAGGCCCAUGGCCCGGUUUGGUGGCGGUUCUCACCCGGAUAAGUCUGCCAAAGGAAUCCGGGGGCCGUGCCCACUACACUACACAAACUGGGCCAGGUUUGGCUUGCUGACCAGUGGUGGUGGGAACGUGGCAUGGUGCAAGAGCCAUAGACGCAAACUUUUUGUGCCGAUGCUGUCGUGCGCAAGGCGCAGGUUGCAAACGUGACCGUGCUGUAGUAUGGCAGCGCUGCCAGUUAAGAGUCGGUUAAUCGUCCUUCGAGUCGUGAAUAAAAUGCACACUUACUUUGUCGGAAAUGAA